CCAUUGUAUAUAAAUAUUUUAAGACUUAGCUAUUAUGAAGUCAAAUUACAUAGAAAUGUGGGAUUAUCGAUAUUAUGUGAGAAAAAAACUUAAUUUAUCUCGUAAUAAGCACAAUAGUUGUCUAACAUGUACACAUACUACUUGUAGUUAGGAGAAUACCGUCCUUAUGGUACUAAUAAUAGUACAAGCAUCAGUGAGGUAAUGCCUUAAUGCAUUUUUCCAGCUAUAUACGUUGAAAUUAUGCGAUAUAUGUAUACAUACAUCCAUACAUGAGUUUAAAAAAUAAAAAUUUCUCUUUAUUCUGAUGCAUGCUUUGUGUUGCAAAUAAAAAAUAAUCUCAUAAAAAGUAUUCACAGCAACCCAGUAGUUGAAUGAGGUUUUGAUUCUUCAACCAAAAUGACAGAAUUCAAGAAUUAGGGCUAGUUUUCAUAAUUUUUGUUUGAAGAUCCACAUAAAAUCACAAUACAUAAAUAGAAAGAUUCUUUAACAAUUGCUUCAAGAAACAGAUUGUUAACGUAAUUUAGACCUUCCUUGGCGACAGACGGAACUCAAAAGCUUAAACGGAUGAGGGCGUACAAAGUUUCAAAAACUAACUUUAGCUGCUAUUUCAUACGAACUACGUAUGGCAGCUGUUGGCAUCAUAAAAAUAUUAUUUUAAUCUCUAACUUAACCUUAAACCAAUUUUAUCAGAUUUUGAAAAGGUCAGUACUCCGUAUGUAUGAAUCUAUAUAAGUUCUCCUCUUUUGUCCAGCUUUUCCCAGGCUGUGGUGGAAAUAUCUCGCUAAACACACGCUUAACUUAAAACGAUUGGUCGAUCUAUGAGAGUUUGGUGAUCCAUUUCUAGAAGUUUUGAGUGUCACAAAAGACCAGCGUGCACAGCUGUCCAAGGGGGAUCCUGUGCCACCUUUGGUAUGCUGAUCAAAUCUAUGAUCCAAGCUAAUCUAACAUAACUUGGGCUCUAACUUUUUCAAAACUAUUGUGUGAGAAAAUUACGUUUAUUUAUAGAAAGGAAGACUUUAAGAAGUAUAACAACGCAUUUCGGAUGUCUUGAAACUAAGUAAUCCAAUUUCAUGACCACCAUGAUUUUUGGUAACGCUAACAAUAACUUAAAUACCCAAAAAUAAAUACCCUUAGCUGGUUCAAGCUAAUCAAAAUAUAUUCUGCCAAUGCGGAAGUGCCAGCAAUACUACCGAAAAAACCAAGUAAAAUUACUAGUUUAAAACUAAUCAUAUUAAAAAACUUGUGUGUUAUGGCAGAUUAUAUAGGGUCCCACGUUACAUACUUGUAUAUGUAUAUAUGCUCAAACUAGAAACCAUGUGGUCUUUGAGUCUCCCAUUGAGACAGAGACCUUGGCAGCGCUAUGGUGGCCAAUUAAUUAAACAGACUAGUGCCCAUAAUGUAAUUAUGACCAAUUGAGUUCGUGAAUCUAAACAACCACAAAUAAAGUCGACAGAGCAACUAAGGCGUCACACAUUUGAAAGAUGAAUAAAACAACGUUCAUAGAAACAUCCAUCACUAUCAUCAGCAAUGCAACCAAACCUCAGCGACUCAUAAAAUUAUGAAUUUACAAAAUAUUGGGGGCUGCCAAUUGAUGAGCAUUAUCCCCAUUAACUUGGGUUGUGUCGCGCGCGCCUUCAGUUCCAAGUGGGCUUUUGUGUCGCGCAUAGUUCGGAUUGUGGCGCAAUCAUUUUAGGAAGCCAUCUACUUAAGAAGUUAUGAAAAUUUGUUCAACCGUCUGAUUAUCAUACCACCCAUGGAUUUUGAUGAAGUACUUAAAGAGGUCGGAUCCUUUGGUUUGUACCAAAAAAUUAUUAUUUGCUCGGUACUGUUGCCUGCCGCGCUACCCUGUGCCUUCCAUGCUUACAGCCAAUUGUUUAUCGCAGCGUCGCCGAAACACUGGUGCCGUGUACCUGAACUGGAACCAUGGGCGCAGGACUAUGGGAUAUUGGUGAAAAAUCUUAGCAUACCAUUCGGUGUUUCAAAUAACAGCGUUGAUUACGAAAGUUGCAUAAUGUACAAUCGUAACUACUCGGAUAUUGUGCGGUAUAUGGAAUAUCGUACGCCUAUUGAGUUGCAACAGGAUAAGGUCUGGCAAAUAGGUAAUCCAGGCCAUGCGCAAAUACAAGCAUGCCAACAUGGCUGGUAUUACGAUCGCACCAUGUACAGCAACACGGUGGUUACAGAGUGGAACCUUGUUUGUGAUCAAAGCUACUUGGUCACGCUCGCUUUGGUUUUGUUUGGUGUUGGAGGUUUGAUCGGGAAUUAUGUGUUCGGCUAUUUGCAAGAUAUGUGGGGUCGACGUCCUUCAUUUUAUGUAUAUCUUAUUAUAGAAAUUGUCGCAUGCGCGGCUAGUGCCUUUGCAUGGAACUACUACUCAUGGUUGGGCAUGCGUUUCGUGGUGGGUUUUACCGUGCCAGCUAUACUCGCAAGUCCCUACGUUUUAGCUAUUGAACUGGUUGGUCCUGAUAGACGCGUCUUCUGUACAAUUGUCUCCAAUAUUGCUUACUCCUGUGGUCUAGUACUAUUGGCUGGUAUAGUCUAUCUUAUACGGGAUUGGCGCUUUCUCACACUGACUGUCUCACUACCUUUAUUAUUGCUUUUUUCCUGCUACUUCGUGCUACCCGAGUCGCCACGUUGGCUGAUUGCAGUGGGUAAGACGCGAGAAGCAGCACGUAUUUUGAAAACCAUAGCUCGGGUCAACGGUCAUAACAUUCCGCCAGAUUUCGUAAAAAUUGUGCAACAGAAAUUACAGCAAACAGAUGCGGUAAUAGGAAGGGAAUCAGAGUCAUCUUAUGGCAUUAUGGAUUUAUUUCGCACUACAAAUAUGCGUCACAAAACUUUAAUUAUCACACUAAUUUGGUUUGCAAACACCAGUGUCUAUGUCGGUUUAAGCUAUUAUGCACCAGCUUUGGGUGGUGAUGAGAUAUGGAAUUUUUUCCUGGCCGGUGUUGUAGAAUUGCCCACUUAUAUUAUGUUGUGGCCAGGUUUAAGCUACUUUGGACGGCGCUGGAUAUUGUGCAUUUCUAUGUUGGUGGGAGGUGUCGCCUGCGUACUGACAUUGUUGUAUGAUGAGCAGCCGGAGGUAAUGUUGUUGCUAUACUGUGUCGGCAAGAUGGGAAUCUCGUCGGCAUUUGUUGUGCUACCGCUUCUCGCCUCUGAACUCUACCCAACAGUGGUGCGUGGCCUGGGUAUGAGCUUCAGUUCGGUUGUUGCGAUGAUCGGACCGAUUGUCAUACCCAUUAUUAAUCACAUGGGCCAACGUAUGCUUGUAUUACCGUUAAUUAUAAUGGGAACGCUUUUAAUAAUCGGUGGCUUAGCGAGCCUGUUUCUACCGGAAACGCGAGGCAAAAAUUUACCACAGACCAUUGAGGAGGGUGAAGCGGUACCCUUGAGUUUCUUCAAUUGUGUUUGCUGUUGCUGUUGUACAAAAACACCACGUAGUCCCGAUCUGAAUAACUCGGCUCUAGUAGCGAAAUAUAAGCGGCAGCGUGAACGAGAGCAAAUAGGGCGAGGACGACGACAGCCAAUAACAGUUUGCAGUAUUUGCAAGAAUGAAAUCAAGGAAACGUGACAUACGAAAUCAUAAAUACCAAAUAGAAUUAUUAACAUAGUCUUAAGAGUAAUUAAGUUGUUCGAAUUGGACAAGUCAUAAUAAAAAUAUUUCCUGUUGGUUGGCCAAGUUCAAAGAAUAAUAAA